AUGGCACCUGCGCUGGAACUCCUCGAGAAGCCCGUCGAGUAUUUGCCGGUCAAGGCAGUCUCGGCCAUCAGUACCAGGGCUUCCGCUACUGUUUCAGCUAAUGAUAUUAAAUUGGAAAACACAGAGAAGCAUCAGCGAGUCAUGAAUGUCUUUCGGGCCUUCAUCGCUGAUCUCUGCCAGCAAUACGGUGAAGGUCACGCUGGAUCCCCUAUGGGUAUGGCUGCCAUUGGCAUUGCCCUGUACAAGUAUGUCAUGAAGUACUCUCCAGGUAACUGCAACUACUUCAACCGGGACCGCUUUGUUCUUUCGAAUGGCCAUGCCUGUCUGUGGCAGUACCUUUUUAUGCACCUUGUUGGCGUCAAAAGUAUGACACUCGAGCAGCUGAAGUCUUACCACUCCUCAAAGCUCGACUCACUCUGCCCCGGGCACCCGGAGAUUGAGAACGAGGGCGUGGAGGUUACGACUGGGCCCCUCGGCCAGGGCCUCGCUAAUGCUGUUGGCCUGGCUAUAGCCACUAAGAACCUUGCUGCGACUUACAACAGGCCCGGCCAUGAGCUAGUGAAUAACAUGACAUGGUGCAUGGUGGGCGACGCUUGCCUUCAGGAAGGUGUUGGUCUUGAGGCUCUCUCCCUCGCCGGUCAUUGGAAGCUAAACAAUCUCUGUGUCAUGUUCGACAAUAACGCGGUUACGUGUGACGGAACUGCAGACGUUGCCAACACUGAGGAUAUCAACUCCAAGAUGCGCGCUACAGGUUUCAACGUCGUAGACGUGUACAACGGGGACUCGGACGUUGCCGCUGUCACAAGCGCUCUUGUGGCCGCUCGAUCGAGCGACAAGCCCACCUUCAUUAACAUUCGCACCACGAUUGGUUUCGGAUCUGCCAAGGCCGGCACCGCCGACGUGCACGGAGCUGCCCUUGGAGUGGAUGAAGUGGCCAACGUCAAGAGGUUAUUCGGUCUCAAUCCUGACAAGCAUUUCCACAUCCCCCAGGACGUCUACGAGUUCUUCAGUGACAUACCCGGUCGUGGUGAGGCACACGAAGCGGGCUGGCAAAAGGCCCUAGCAAAGUAUCAGGAAGAGGACCCCGUACUUGCGGCUGAAUUUGCGCUCCGUGUGGCGGGAAAGAUGCCCGAAGACUGGACCAAAUGCAUUCCUCGCAAGGAAGACCAGCCUACUGCACCAACGGCCUCCCGAAAGUCAGCCGGCGUCGUAACCAACGCUCUUGGAGGAAAUAUCAAUUCAUUCUUGAUCGGCACAGCAGAUCUCACUCCCUCAUGCAAUGUCGCCUACAAAAACAAAGUCGACUUCCAGUCUCCCGAACUCCGAACUGCUUGCGGCCUGAAUGGAAACUACAGCGGUCGAUAUAUCCACUACGGUAUCCGCGAGCAUGCCAUGUGUGCCAUCUCCAACGGGCUGGCCGCCUUCAAUAAAGGCACUUUUAUCCCCAUGACAAGCACGUACUUCGUCUUCCACUUGUACGCGGCUGCCGCUGUACGCAUGGCCGCGCUUCAAGGCCUCCAGCAAAUCCACAUCGCCACCCACGACAGCAUUGGCGUUGGCGAGAACGGACCUACGCACCAGCCCGUAGCCGUCGCCGCUCUCUACCGCGCUAUGCCUAAUGUUCUUUAUAUCCGACCCUGCGACGCAGAAGAAGUAUCCGGUGCCUACAUCGCCGCCAUCCAGGCCACGGAGACGCCCACCAUUAUCUCCCUUUCCCGACAGAGCCUGACCCAGUACCCUCAAUACUCCUCGCGCGAGGGUACUAUUAAGGGCGCGUACGUCUUCACCGAGGCCGAGGGCGAUGAUUUCGAUGUAACCUUGAUCGGAGUCGGCUCCGAGAUGGGCUUCGCGAUGCAGACUAGGGAACUACUUCUUCAGAACCAUGGUAUAAGGUCACGAGUGGUCUCUUUCCCUUGCACUAGGCUUUUUGAGCAGCAGUCACGGGAGUACAAGCAUUCGGUCUUGAAACCACGCGCUGGAAAGCCCACUGUCGUUAUCGAGGCGUACCCGUCUAACGGGUGGGAGCGCUAUGCUGAUGCUUCGGUGUCGAUGAAUAGCUUUGGAAAGAGCCUUCCCUCGAAGGAGACAUAUGAGCAUUUUGGAUUUGCUCCGGAGAGUAUCGCACCUAAAGUCAAGGACCUGGUGGAGGAAGUCAGGCGGGACGGCAUUGGAAUCCUGAGGGGUGACUUUAGAGACUUUAACGGCGGUCUGCGGGUUGGCUUUGGGCAUUAG